AAAUGAAAUCCGAACAAGGCUUCACAAUUGACAGAGAAGGGUGGACAGAAGAAGAAGAAGAAGAAGAAGAAAAAGAUAAAAUGCAAACUUGCAGAAACUUGGUUAGACCUUGGAGCUCUCUCUCAUGUCUGUCCUUCAUUUAUUGAUUUUGCUCAUCGCGUUGGGGUUGGGGUUUCUUGGUUUCAACUCUGGUCUCGUAAUUGCGGUCGAAUUCUCACAUAGGAGGCUCGCAGAAGCUCCCUGUCCUUUGAAUUUCAAUGUUUUACGUGACCUUGUUCACAGUUCGAACGGGCUCGACCUUCCCGAUGUCUCCACCAAGUGCCAAUUCGUUCUUCAAGGUCUCCGUCUGGUUGAAUCCUUGUAUCUUCAAACCAGUGGGUUCUUCCUCCCUCCGUUAAAUGCCUCUGAGUCUUGUUGGGAUUCAUACCAGUCCUUAAUCAAUGAAAUCAUCCCCGACUUCGACAUUCUCAUUUCUUGCGGCUUCCAGACCAGCUGGAUUUCUGAGGGUUGUAUGAAUAUUAGGUCUCGUACGCAGUUUGAAUCAAUAAUUCCCGAGUCCGCUUUGCUGGACGUCGAGCAUUACUGCAACCAGGCCCUUGAGAAUGGCUCUCCCUGCGCUUCGUGCACUACAAUUCUGUCCAGCCUCCAAGCAGCUUACUUGCGCGGCCCUCAAGUUGGGAACGUCUCGGCCUGUACUGGAUACCCGUCAAUCUAUGCUGCCGGUAACGUUAAUCGAUUUGGGCCGACUGACAAAGGGACUGCCAUGUGUUUGUUCUCUCUAUAUUUAUCUUCCUCUACUUCGAGCAACAACAAUCGCAAUACCCUGAUUAUUGGGGUUGUGAUAGGCGGUAGUGUUGGCUUGCUGGGUGUAGUUGUGGGCUUUCGGUUUAUGAGGAGAAGAUAUAAGAAAUGGAGGAAGAAGAGGAAGAUGUUUGUUAAAAUUUCUCGGGCGAGUUCAUUUUCGGGGUUGGAAUUGAUAAGUGCGAGUACGACUCUUAUUAGGUUCACUUUCGAUGAAAUCAAACAGGCUACGAGGAAUUUUUCAAGGGAUAACAUAAUUGGCAAGGGAGGCUACGGUAAUGUUUAUAAGGGAAUUUUACAGGAUGGAUCUGAGGUUGCAUUGAAGAGGUUUAAGAACUGCUCUGCUGCCGGAGAUGCCAGCUUCAUCCAUGAAGUUGAGGUUAUUGCCUGUGUUAGGCAUGUAAACCUUAUUGCUCCCAGAGGAUACUGUACUGACACUACUCCUCUCGAGGGUCCCCAGCGGAUCAUCGUAUUCGAUUUGAUGCGCAACGGAAGCCUUCAUGACCAUCUGUUUGGAUCAACAGACGAGAAGCUUAGCUGGCCAAUCCGACAGAAAAUUGCACUUGGGAUGGCGAGGGGCUUGGCUUACCUGCAUUACGGGGCACAACCAGCCAUCAUCCACAGGGAUAUUAAGACUAGUAAUAUCCUAUUGGACGACAUGUUUGAACCCAAAUUGGCUGACUUUGGCUUCGCCAAGUUGACACCGGAGGGGAUGACCCAUCUGAGCACCAGGGUGGCCGGGACACUGGGUUAUGUUGCCCCUGAGUAUGCCCUGUAUAGGCAUUUAACCGAGAGAAGUGAUGUUUACAGCUAUGGGAUUGUGCUUCUUGAACUUCUGAGUGGGAAGAAGGCAAUUGUUAGUGAUAAUGAUGGCGGUACCUCCCUUGUGGCGGAUUGGGCUUGGUCCCUGGUGAGAGAAGGGAGAGCUUUAGAUGUCAUCAAAGACGGCAUGCCUGAGUUGGGUGCUGAAGAAGUCAUGGAGAAGUACGUUCUGGUUGCUGUUCUUUCUUCUCAUCCGCAUUUAUAUGCUAGGCCAACUAUGGAUCAGGUUGUGAAGAUAUUGGAGACUGACCUGCCCGUUCCCUCAAUACCAGAACGUCCUAUUCCUCUUGUAGCAGAGAUUGGUGGUAUUGAGAGAUCAGUGAAUGGUAAUGGCUCAGGUCAGUUGUCUAGUUCUGCUCUACCCCUAAAAAAAGUUGUCUAGUUCUGCUGGCUAACAGUGUCUUUGAGGGCAACAAUCCUAGUUUCGAGAAGAGGAAACCUCAGUACUGGAGAACCAAACAUCGGAGUAAGAUGAUUUGACCUGAAGUGAUCAUCACCAACUCUCCAAUAAUUGCUUGCUUC